AUGGCCGAUGACUUCGGCUUCUUCUCCUCCUCGGAGAGCGGGGCGGCCGAGGCCCCCGAGGAGGACCCGGCGGCUGCCUUCCUGGCCCAGCAGGAGAGCGAGAUCGCGGGCAUCGAGAACGACGAGGGCUUCGGCGCGGCCGAGGGGGGCUGCGGGGAGCCGCAGGCGGCGGAGCAGGCGGGUGACUUUGAGAGCACCGGGGCCACUGUGAAUGGAGAUUUUUUUCAGGAAUCCAACGGACCCACAGAUGCCUAUGCAGCCAUUGCCCGAGCUGACCGAUUGACACAGGAGCCGGAGAGUAUUCGCAAAUGGCGAGAGGAGCAGAAAAAGAGACUGCAAGAGCUGGAUGCUUCUUCAAAAGUGUUAGAACAGGAAUGGCGUGAAAAAGCCAAGAAGGAUCUGGAAGAGUGGAACUUGCGGCAGAAUGAACAAAUGGAGAGGAACCGGGUCAAUAACAGGAUUGCUGACAAAGCCUUUUACCAGCAGCCAGAUGCCGAUGUGAUUGGCUACGUGGCCUCAGAGGAAGCCUUUCUGAAAGAAUCCAAGGAAGAGACUCCUGGCACUGAAUGGGAAAAAGUGGCCCAGCUCUGUGACUUCAACCCUAAGAGCAGCAAGCAGUCCAAGGAUGUGUCGCGCAUGAGAUCCGUGCUGAUCUCCCUCAAACAGACGCCUCUGGCCCGCUAGCCUAGCCGAGGAGGGGCUGGGGUGGGAGUGAGGAUGUGGGUCACUCUUUUGCCAGCAGGCAUAGCUGCAGCACAACAGGCUUAGAGGGCGACCAGCAGGAGACCCAAAAAGCAUCCCACUCCUGCCCC